CACCCAUUCACAACCAAAGUCAAAACCUUCAUCCAAGCCAUGCGUCAGUAGUGAGAGUGAUCUCCAGAUUGCGUGUUGUUUUUGAGUGAAAUAUUCUAAGUGAAAUGUGACCUGAUUCUGACGAUUGAAGUGCCAAAGACAGAUGGAAAAUCAAACUUGCCAAUAAGAUGGGACAUUUCAGUGACAGAGUGAGCAUCAAGUCGAUGUCGACGUUCUUUCUUGUGUCUAGUCAGUUAAUCCUCGCAGCAUGGGGGAAACCCAUGGAAAAUGGUCAAAGUGUUGUUGGCAGAGAGGGCGUGAUUAUUGAUUGUCGAACACAACACGAUUCCUACUUCCCAGAUCCAGAUGACUGUAGAUUCUUUUAUCAUUGUUCGGAUUGGACUGGACUUGAGAGAAAAUCAUGUGGGUCCUUGUACUUCCACCACCAGAAAAGGGUCUGUGAUUGGCCAUACAUUGUGCGAGAGAUCAGGCCUGAAUGUCCAGACGAGCGAAAUCUUCCACCAUUGCCAGAAAAUAAAGUGGUAGCUGUUGAAACAACGGAGAAGGCCACUUUUGACGAUGGGAGCUACAUUAGGUUUGAGCCUAACCCAGAGAACAAGUUUAGGUUUCCAACACCGAAACCUCGACGACCAGUCAAGAACCCAGUAGUCUUCCAGGAAAGCGACUUCAUUACCAAUACCCUCAGACCUACACUUUUAAUAAGGGAACAUGAACCUGUCCGACCAUCGCCAGAGGUGCAAGUGGUCCAACUGUCUGUACCUCCGAAAGUACCCACACCUUCCCGAGCAGAAGCACCUCGACACUUGUCUUUUAAAUCUGAGAAAGACGUCCAAUUUAUUUUGGUUAAGAAAAAGGAGCCUCAAUCUCCAUUCUCAUCAGGAUCGACAGCUUGGGUUUCUUCAACUACUGAAGCCCCAGUGACGGUCGUCAAAACCUUACCAUCUAGAGACAUUGUCAAGUCGUUACCCACACCGCAGCCUAUUUCAGUCCCAAGCUUCGUCCAGGAACAAUCAACGCCAACUCCUGCUCCAGUUCGCAAAGAAAUCCAAAAUGCUAGAAGGCCUUUGUUUGAUCCAGCCUCACGUCCCAAUAUCCUCAAGAAAGAUAGGAAAAAGCCAAUCAGCCGCACAACCACCACCACCCGAAGUCCGGUUCGAACGCUACCCGCCCAUCGAUACUCGCCCAGCCUCCGACCCCCUAUUUUCACGACUGAACGACCCAAGAGGAACGAUUUGUACUGUUCAGGGCCACGAUGUUUUAGGCCUCGGAAGCAAGACAGAGGGACAUUCAAGAUCAAAGCUUCUAAUGGAGAUGAUAUCGAAACGAUCUUUGAGCAGGCCUUGGACGUAGAAGACGCCGAUGUAGUUAAACGCAAGUCUGAAAUCAAAAAGCUUCUAGAGGCUGCCAAAGUAGAAAAUGUACACAAUUCAGAUCUGUCAGAUCCUGAGGAGUUCGUGUCCGACAACGAGGAGGAAGCCAAAUUGGAUUCCAGUACAAUUAGUUCCUUAAAAGUACCGCCGUCUGAGCGUAAUGAAACAUACACCACAACGCCAAAGCCAAAGGUUGAGAUCAAGAGCACACUGUCACCGUUUAGAAAGGCCAAUGAGAGGCCCGAAUUCCUGGAGGUCAUUAAAUUAAAAGCGGAAGAGUUUAAGGAGAAAUUACUGAGCGAAGAAGUUUUUGCGGAGACAACAGAGAUCUCAACUCAACAGGAGGGUUCAGAGAGAAUUGUGGUGACAGUAUCCAAAGAAGUGUCUACUUCAAUUGGAACAUCUAAAGACAAUGAAGUAUCAGGAGAUAGGGAGGAUAUCACAACAGAACAAGCAGAAACGAUAGAAACAACAACUCAGAUGACAAGCUCAACAAUGUCAACAACAAAUCAACCAGAGUUAAUUUCCAAGUUGUCAAGCACGGAAUCAAUCGCAGAGGAGGUUAAGGAGUUGUUUGAGGAUGCCCAAAAUCCAGAUGACUCUUUGAUCAUCGUAAGACCCUCUCAUUUUAACCAUGAUUUGAUUGAAUCCCUUGGCGAAGUCGAGGAGACACUGAUUGUGGUUCCAAGUUCCCAAGUAAGAGUCAGCACAGAAGUCGCAACAAGCACGGAUUUGAACAAAAAAAACGAGAUGAUUUCACUGGACGAGGCAAAUGAGGAAGACGUUGAUGCAUUGCAAGAGACACGCCUUCACUCAACUUCAGUCACAACCAUGGAUUCAGUUGAUGAUAUAGAAGAUGUUCAAGCGACAGAAAUUCCAACUGAAGAGCCAACUGAGGUUCCACCAACGUUUGAACCAAUGAUUGAAAAGGACAAGCCAAACAGCGUUGAAAUGUUGACCUCUGUCUUAGACAUAUUUAACGUCACAGCUUUGUUUGAGCACCUUCAACAAAAGCCCAUGGCACAAAAACUCCAACAAGUGACUCCUGAUUCUUUGGGAAAUUUACCCGAAGAGCAAGUUUCCAACCAAGAAGUGAUCUUUACUGAAAUCGAAUCUUCAGAAGCUCCUCCUCCCGUCGGUAAAAUUGAAACCGUGGACCCACUUGAAAUUUCGGAAGAAGAGAAUGACGAAACCACCAUAGCUGCCACAACUCUUGCCACCAGCACUGAGCUACCAACAACUAUUCAACCCGAAAACCUUGCACCUUCCUCUGAAUUAGUCGACAUUCAUGUCGUUCUUCCUGCUGGCCAUAAAACAAAACAAGACGUGACUACAACAGAGCCCAUCACCACCUUUGAACUCGGCACUUCUUCUUCGCCCAUUGACAGCACCGAAGCCGAAACCACCACGAUCUCACUUUCCGAAGCGGAAUUACAGGAGACUGAUGAAGAAAGCACAACAUCUGAGGCUACAACUAUUAGCUCGGUUACUGAGAACGCCGUAACCAUCUUAGCCUCGACCACACUUGAUUCAUUGAAUACUGAGGCACCAAUUACCGUUACAGCCUCAACUGUUGUGUCCACAACAUCAACAACUAUUACCACUACCACUACUACCACCACCACCACUACCCACACUACAACUACUACUACUAUAGCAGAGACCUCAGAGGUGCCCUCAUUCACGUCUCGUCGAGAUCAGAUUCGACAACGGUUCUUGUCCAAAUCCAGACCCUCAAACACGAAAUCUAUCUUGGAUCAACUGCAACAGCAACAAGAAAAAGCUCUAGAAGCAACCCGUCGAGAAAACAGUUUCAAGGCCAUUGAGGCUGCCAAGAGUGAUGAGGAACCCGGAUCUACAUCCAAUGCAUCGAAUCCAGCAUCCACCGACAAGGGUGACUCCGUCCUGUCAGUACACAGAGAUAGAUUGAGUAACCUUCGAAAACAGUUGUUCAAUCGAGCUCCGCCCACCACAACUAGUCCAAAACCCGAGGGUUUACCUGACACGUCCUCCACAAAACUCACCGAGGAUUCCAGGGAAAGGCGGAGAAGCUCUCCAUUCUUUGACAGAUCAGACCCUUCGGAAGCGGCAGAGUCUGUUGUGAGACCCUCGUUUCAAGCCGCCACAUCUGCUAGACAGAGUGUUCGUUGCCGUGUUUUGAAACUAGCUUGCUGAGUGACCAUUGUCAAUGCGUGAAAGAAGGACAAUUUUGAGCGUUGUUUGUACUUGAAGAACGCCAACGAGCAUGUUGCCCAGGGUUGCGUGUAAUUGCUUCUCUUCUACACCUAUCCUUGAAAUGGUAUGUCUAUCUUUAUACAUUUCUGGACGGCCAAUCCUAGGUCCUCUACUCAGACCAUUGAAAAUGCAGGUUCUUGACAGGAUAAAUGCUUGAACUUUGCGGCCAAAUAAACAUAAUUGUUAACUCUGGUCUUUGCCUUUUAACUUACCGUCGUGCUCGUCCAAUCGAAAAACUAACAGUCAGGGUCGCGUCAUAAGAUAUGCGAACUGCAACCAGAUACUAAAAUCCCUUGAAUGUUGAACUGCCGGCUAUAAUCAGGAAUGUGCAUUCGGAAAUGGGAGCCGUAAAUGGCAGGCGCUUGUUACUUGAAUGAGAAAUCAUUGGCUUUUCGUUGUUUAUCCCUCCCCUUAAAUCCUCGCAAAUUUUUUGACCUUAAUCCAAGGCACGUUGUACUUUGAAAUCAUCGACAAGCAAGAAAGCAUAUAAUUAACAUUAUUGCUCGUUAGUAUUUGAACAACAAGAUGAACAUUCCUCAUCCAUUUGACAGCAACUACAUCAAAGAGGUCGAACAAAUCCGUAUGGAGGAAACUAACCAUAUUCUGACAAAGGAACACAAUACGGUUGUGUCUGGACAACGGAUGUGCAAAAGCUACCGGUGUUCGUGAUCUUUUUGACAGCACUCGGAUGUCUGACAUUUUCGAUUGAAAC